AUGGAAGAGCGAAUUGCACAUCCCGAUAAGUAUACAGAUGAAGGGAAGUCCCCCAAGAUAGAGUUGGAGGACCCUAAGCUUUAUCAUUAUGCAAUUUUCUCGGAUAAUGUUAUUGCUGCUUCUGUCGUGGUGAACUCAGCUGUGAAAAACACAAAAGAGCCAUGGAAGCACGUGUUUCAUGUCGUGACAGAUAAAAUGAAUCUCGGGGCUAUGCAAGUGAUGUUCAAAAUGAGGGAUUAUAAUGGGGCUCAUAUUGAGGUGAAGGCUGUGGAGGAUUACAAAUUCUUGAAUUCUUCUUAUGUUCCAGUGCUUAAACAGCUUGAAUCUGCAAACUUACAAAAGUUCUACUUUGAGAAUAAGCUUGAAAAUGCAACAAAGGAUACAACAAAUAUGAAGUUCAGGAAUCCAAAAUAUCUUUCGAUUCUGAAUCAUCUCAGGUUCUAUUUACCUGAAAUGUAUCCAAAGUUGCAUAAGAUUCUGUUCUUGGAUGAUGAUAUAGUGGUUCAAAGGGAUUUGACUGGACUUUGGGAGAUAGAUAUGGAUGGAAAGGUGAAUGGGGCCGUGGAGACAUGUUUUGGAUCUUUUCAUCGUUAUGCACAGUACAUGAAUUUCACCCACCCUCUGAUCAAAGCCAAGUUUAGUCCCAAGGCAUGCGCAUGGGCUUAUGGCAUGAAUUUUUUUGAUUUGGAUGCUUGGAGGAGGGAGAAGUGCACCGAAGAAUAUCACUACUGGCAGAAUCUCAAUGAGAAUCGAACACUGUGGAAAUUAGGGACAUUACCUCCAGGUCUUAUUACAUAUUACUCAACAACCAAGCCACUAGACAAGUAUUGGCAUGUUUUGGGACUUGGCUACAAUCCAAGCAUAAGCAUGGAUGAGAUUAACAAUGCUUCAGUCAUACACUUCAAUGGGAAUAUGAAGCCAUGGCUUGACAUUGCAAUAACCCAGUUCCGUCCACUUUGGACUAGGAAAAGCAAAGCUAGUCCUGCUGACAACUUUGAGGCUUAUUACUGCUCCUUGCACACGCAAAGGAUGAGAUUAUGCACUGGGCAAUCAACACAGGUCCUCCCAUCAUAUGCAUUUGCUACCAGAGCCAUCAUGCUCCUUUCUGACCAACUCUAA